GGUGGAGUUGUGGAUUUAUUUUGAUUUUGUUAGAGAAAAAAAAUUUUCUUUUCCAAAACCAAAAAGAUUUUGUUUUGUUGUUUCAUUUUGUUCCAUCUCUUUGAUAAAUUAAAUGUAUUUUUAAUCAUGCGAAGUCGUAGUAAUAGUGGCGUUCGACUUGAUUACUAUCAACGGGUAGUGUACAGAACAAUUUUGGACCGUCAAAAUCCAGUCACCGGUUUGUUACCAACAAGCACUGAUUCCGAUCAUGCUUGGGUUCGUGAUAACCUUUACUCGAUCCUCGCAGUUUGGGCUCUUAGUAUGGCCUACAAAAAGAACACUGAUUUAGAUGAGGAUCGUGCCAAAACUUAUGAAUUGGAACAAAGUUGUGUUAAAAUGAUGAGAGGUCUUCUGAUGGCUAUGGUUCGUCAAAAGGAAAAGGUUGAAAAAUUCAAGGAAACUCAAUCACCUCUUGAUGCUCUUCAUGCUAAAUAUUCAUCUUCUAACAUGCUAUCAGUUGUUGGUGAUACUGAAUGGGGACAUUUACAAAUUGAUGCGACAUCACUUUACCUUUUACUUUUAGCUCAAAUGACUGCAUCCGGAUUACAGAUUGUCUUUAAUUUGGAUGAAGUUGCUUUCAUUCAGAAUCUAGUUUUCUACAUUGAAUCAGCUUAUUGUAUACCUGAUUAUGGUAGUUGGGAGAGAGGUGAUAAAACUAAUCAUGGUCUUCCCGAGUUAAAUGCAAGCUCCAUUGGUAUGGCUAAAGCUGCUUUAGAAGCCAUGAAUGAGUUAGAUCUUUUCGGUGGUCGAGGUGGACCUUCAUCGGUUAUUCAUGUUCUCGCUGAUGAAGCUCAAAAAUGUCAAGCUGUUCUUCAAUCAAUGUUACCUCGAGAAUCAAAUUCUAAAGAGGUUGAUGCUGCUCUUUUAUCUAUUAUUGGUUUUCCCGCUUUUGCCAUUGAAGAUCCUGAUUUAAUUCAACUUACACGUAAGGUAAUAUUGGAUAAACUUCGAGGACGCUAUGGUUGUAAAAGAUUUCUUCGUGAUGGUUACAAAACAGCUAAAGAAGAUCCAUCUCGACUUUAUUAUGAACCUUGUGAGCUUAAAGUUUUCGAGCACAUUGAAUGUGAAUGGCCGUUAUUUUUUUGCUAUCUUAUACUUGAUGCUUGUUUCAGAGGUGAUAGAGAAAGGAGUUUAGAGUUUUCUGAUGCUCUGGAUAAAGUUCUAGUCAAAACUGAUGAUGGACUCAAAUUGGUUCCCGAAAUGUACACUGUUCCUGCCAAUCUAGUUGACGCUGAGUACAAGAAUCCUAAAAGUCAAGAUCGAAUACCGAUUGGACAAUGUCCGUUCAUGUGGGCACAAUCUCUUUACAUUUUGGGUAGAUUACUUCAAGAAGGUUUUAUCGCACCAGGAGAAAUGGAUCCAUUGAAUCGUAGAUUAGGAGCUGACAAAAAACCUGAUGUUGUUGUACAAGUUGUUAUUCUUGCUGAAGAUGCUAUCAUGAAGGAAAAACUUUCUGCUCAUGAUAUCAAUAUACAGACAGUUGCUGAAGUCUCUCCAAUCGAGGUUCAACCAGCUCGUGUUCUAAGUCAUCUCUAUGCGUACCUUGGUCGUAAUAAGAAACUCAAACUUUCUGGUCGACAAUCGCGCGAUGUUGGCAUUUUAAGUACUAGUAAACUUUACAGUCUUCAUGAUAGGAUUUUCGCUUUCAUCCCUCAGUUCGUGGAUGAGCAACGUUAUUAUAUUGCUUCAGAUAUCAAUCUACUUUUGGACAUUUUCAAGAACGAAAUUGCAUUCUUGAAAUCGAACUGGAAAAUGUUGGGACGACCUGUUAUCGUUAUUAGUUUAAGGUCAAAAGUUUUAGAAAACGGCAGAAUCCCUCCUUCGGUUUUGUCAACUAUUAAAAAGCUUAAAAGUGGUUAUAUCAAUGGUACAAGAGUUGUUUUUGGUCGAUUAGAUGAAUUUCUCAGCACUUCAUGUAUAACUAGUCUUAGCUUCUUGGGUAAUACAGAGGAAGGUGAUCCAGAUAAUUUAAGUUCGAGUGUAAAAGAAUAUCUGGAAAAAGAACUUCGAAAACCUUUUGUUCGAGCAACUCAUAAUCUUAAAUCUUCAAUUAAACGAAAACAAAGUGUAUUCCGUUCAAGAAAAUCAGGAAUCGCUGGAAUCAUCAAGCGAACUCGAUCAAUAAUAGUUGAUCAAUAUGAUCCAGAAUUAGCUAUUCUUCGAGCUGAAUAUGAUGGUAAACAUCCGGCUACCGAUGAAGUUGAUAAAAUCUCUUUAGGAUCAACACCAAGUCGAGAAAAUAGUGAAGAAAAAUCAUCUCCAGUCUCACCUGGUGUACCUGAGAUUGAAGAUGAAACUGUCAGCAAUUGGGCUUAUGUUCCUGGAAAUGAAUCUAGGAUUAAAGCGAUGACAGAAUUAAAUACUUCAGGAGAGGAUUUAAUCGCUUUUCUUAAAGAAACUGAAUCACUUGAAGAGCAAGGUGACAUAUUACAUUAUCUAGCUUAUAAUAAAGGUUUAAAUUGGGACACUAAACUUGGUAAUUCGACGAAUGUUGUCUCAGUUAAAGAAUUACUUAAAGAUCUUUAUGAGAAGGCCUGUCAAGAAAAAAAGUGGGCACUUGUCCGACAUAUCGCUGGUAUUUUAGGUAAACGUGUUGAAGAUUUAGCCAAAGCAGUGGCCGAUCUAUUGGUCCGACAGAAACAAGUGACCAUUGGGAUGCCACCACAUCAUGAGAAAACAAUAACACGUCCCUUACCCUCUAAAGAAAUUCGUGAGAUGAUCAACACCGCUCAUGGUGGUGAUCAAAGUACCGCCAUGUUAUCACAAGAACUUCUUGUCUAUUUAGCAAUGUACAUACGAACUGAGCCACAACUUUUCUGUGAAAUGUUACGACUUCGAGUUGGCCUAAUAAUCCAAGUAAGUGCCUCUGAGCUUGGCCGAGCUCUAAAGUGUUCCGGUGAGGAAGCAUCAGAACAUUUACUCAAUUUAAGUCCCUACGAGAUGAAAAUGUUAUUACAUCAUAUUCUUAGUGGUAAAGAAUUCUCAGUUAAAGGAGCUCGAAGUGGCCAUGUAUCGAUUGCAAAUGAAAAGCUAAGUCGUAAAAGCAACUUGGAUAACUUUAUCGGUAAAGAACCAAGUAUUACCGAUGAAGUGACCGAAACAGAGCGACAAGGCCAAUGGCUUCGUAGACGUCGGUUAGACGGAGCAUUGAAUAGAGUGCCUAAAGGUUUCUAUCCAAAUGUUUGGUCGCUUCUUGAGAAGUGCGAAGGAAUUUGUAUCCAGGAUAAAGUUCUUCCCUCGAAAUUGACUCGUGAAAUGACUCCAGGGGAAUUAAAGUUCGCGUUAAAUGUAGAGGAAGUUUUAAAUUCUAUCCCUCAACCAGAAUAUAGACAAUUAAUGGUUGAAGCUCUCAUGAUACUCACUUUAUUGGUUGAACUAAACGCCGUCGGAUAUUUGGGUGGUUAUAUUAAAGUCCAAGAAAUUGUUCAUCGAGCUCAUCAGUUAUUUUUAGAAGAUCAGAAAAAACAAAAUGGCGAUUCAACCCUUUGCUGUUCUCUACUUUCUGGUACAACUAAAUUAGUUAAUUGCUCUGCCACCGCCAAUAUAUGUCAAAACUUUUACGAUUCCGCUCCAAGCGGGUGUUACGGUACAAUGACCUAUCUCGUUCGAGCUGUUUCCUGUCUACUUGAUUGUUUACCUAAUCAAGAACUUGAUUGUACUUUAAGUUGAGUGAAAAAGUGAACAAUCAACUAAUCACCAUCGCCAUCAUCCUAACAUCAUCUUACUAAAUUGAAUUGUUCUAGACAAUUUAGUUUUUAACUAACAAUCGUUUUCUUUUUGCCAUAUAUACAUAAAAUUGAUUAAUUUCACUUAAUUUUCCUAUUUCCUUUUCCUCCUCUUUCAAUCUAAUCAGCUGUAAUUUAUAUAAUUAAUUAUCUUCUGUUAUUGUUAUAUUAAUAUUAUUAAGACUAAUCAACCAAUCAUGGAAACUUAAUGAUCGUAAUGAGAAACAAUCAAGGUAUAAUCAUCCUUUACCUUUCACAAAUCAAGGAUCUGAAAACAUCAACAAGUUAAUUGUUUUAAAACAAAUCAAUUUGACUGAUAAUUGUUAACCUAUUUUACAAUUUAAAUUUGACCCUCUCAUAUUUGUCCCUCUAGUUGAAUAAUAUUUAAAUUGAACAAUUAAGAUUAAUCAUCAGCAAUUAUAUUUUACGAGUAAGAGACUGAAAAAAUUACUUUCACUCUCCACAAUUGUGACUGUUGAAAUCAUUACAAUUUACAUGAUGAAAACAAUUAACUAAUCACUGAUCAUAUAAAUUUGUCAAAUUUAAAUUAAGAAAAAAAAACUUUGAUCAAUUACAUCAAAUGAUAAAUUGAUUAAAAUACAAAAUUAAAUUGAAUAACCUGAUGAAA